AAGCGAGCUGGAUGCCUGAUCGAUGCCUCGCGGGCGUUCGACGUCCCUCUGCCCGUUUGCGGUAGAAUAUGUAUCGUUCCGUUGCGUUCACUCUGCUCUCCUUUUUCCCUUUCUCCCGUUCACCUUUCUCUAUCGCUUUUCUUUCCCCCAUCCCCCUUUCUUUCCUCGUGGUGACGACUGGGCUAGUGCUAUCGUCCUUCGCCAGGUCUUCGCCGGCGACGAGCACCUACCAGGUGACCCUAUUCCUUUUCUUCACUCGGUGUAUAAUCCCCCUUUGCUGCAAUCAAGCUUCUCAAACAUAAUAAGCAAAUAGUCUCUUCACGUGAUUGCCAAAAUUAGUCAAGACGGGUGCUCUUUGCUGCGUGGCCGCUAGGCCACAUGGGACGAAGUCUGACCCUGCAAGCAGAGAUCGUUCUAUGGAUCCUACUGAGCCUCGUUGGCGCAUAAACUCGAGCUUCUCUCCCCCAACAUCAAGGAGAUGGGACUGUCGUUAUUCAUCAGAUGGAUUGCCCCACAGAGUUCAUGAUGCUCCUCAUGAUCACCCACCUUAUGUUUCAUCAUUGUCAUCCCAUAGCAAAGGAAGCAGAAAUGCAUUUGGCAGUGAUCAGUACCUCAGUCACCAUCAUUCUGUGUCUGAUGGAGCACUUUCUUAUUUUGGGAGUCCAGCUGACAGCCUUCAGGCUCCACGCUGGACGCCCUCUCUUCAAAGAUUUGAUCUUGGUGAAUUCUCUACCCCUGCAGGAGGAUCAAGGCCAGAAACUUCUGACUAUCCUCAGUCAAGUGAGAGGCCACUGACUGCCACAAGCAGUUUCAGUUCUGCAUCCCCAUUUUCAGAAUCAAGCCAGUUAGCUUCAUCUAAAUCAGAAGCGUGCAGGAUGCUUGAGGUUGGUAAUGCCGGGCGAGCGACACCAAGUGAUGACAGCCAAGCUUCUCCUCUGUGGCGUCGCAGCUUGGCGAGCCCAGAUCUCAAGUUCCACAAUGCACCGAAUGAACUUGGGAAGAUGGAAACCUCACCCGAACCGAACACAAGCUCAAGAAGGGAAGGGUUCAGAUGGAGCAACGCCAGCAGUUAUGACUUUGGAUACGAUGGAGAUGCCAUUGACAUUUCAGAUCAUAUCAGCAUCGAGUCCCAGAGAUCUCCCACGAGCUCAGCGAGGUUCCUGAAGUGUGGGCUGUGCGAGAGAUUCCUGCACCAGAAAUCACCCUGGACCUCGAACAGGAUUGUUCGAAACGCCGACAUGCCAGUGGCAGCAGUUCUGCCUUGCCGACAUGUCUUCCACGCGGAUUGCUUGGAGGAAAGCACUGCCAAGACAGAAGUCCAUGAACCACCUUGCCCCCUGUGCGCGCGAGCCACUGACGAUGAAGGGCACGUGUCGUUCUCAGAACCUCUGCAUGUUGCCCUCCGAUCUGCUCGCAGGAACCUUUUGUUGGGCACUGGUGCUGGUGGGAACAGCGGCAUUUCUGACCCUCCUCGCACUGAUCGUGGCUUGAAGAGGAACAACUCUGCAGUCAUGCCUAGGCGCAGCGGCGGCGCAUUGUUCCGCAAUCGCUUCAAGAAACAGUUCCCCUUCAAAGCGAGGAUCGGGAAGGAGCUCUUUGGCGGUAGGGUUCUCAACAAGGUUGGAUUGUCUUUGUCUUCAGGUCAGCAUGAUGAUCAUCGACAGCAAGCGCCAAAGCAUGACCGGCCCAUGAAGUAGCUAGAUCUUAGUGGCACAGAGUAUAAUAUGUUGUGUGCCCUCCUGAUAUUUUAUCUAUGGCAUCUGUUAUCGAAACUUGGCAUCCAUGCGCAGCAGUCGUCCAAGAUGGGGGCCCUGUAUGGAUUAUGGAAGGCUGCUUGCAUUGCGUGUAACAGUAGCACCUUGCCAUUGCAUGUAUUUUGCAUGUAGCACAGUAAGAAUCUAUGCCCUGUGAUUGAUAUGUUCUGAAUGUUCCGCUUGAUCUGUUCACAUUGGCUGCUUGCAUUGCGUGUUGACUUGAGCAAUUGGAGGAAUAGAAUUGAUGACCAUUCCCAUA